UAUAAUUCCCUAGUAUAUUCCUUAGCUCACUUACCACCCGCACAGAAAGACAGAAUCCAAAAACAUCUCUAACUCCUCUCGUUAAAACCCUUAAAAAUUCUCACUACGCACACUCUAUUCAAUAAUUUGAGUUUAGAAACAAACAAAUUAAUCUGAAAGUGAGAGAGAGAGAGAGAGAGAGAGAGAGAGAGAGAGAGAGAGAGAGAGAGAAAUUCACAGGCCUUCGUCAUGGCGCUUGAACUCCUGAGCCAGCUGGACUCGGCCAAAACAAAAUUUUACCAUUUUACGGCGGUGGUGAUUUCAGGUAUGGGCUUCUUCACAGACUCAUACGACCUAUUCUGCAUCUCACUUGUCACCAAGCUCCUUGGCCGCAUUUAUUACCAUGUUCCGGGGUCUUCAAAGCCAGGUAGUCUACCCCCAAAUGUGGCGUGCGCGGUCAAUGGAGUUGCCCUAUGCGGAACCCUUGUCGGUCAGCUCUUCUUUGGGUGGCUGGGUGACAAGCUCGGCCGGAAGCGUGUUUACGGCAUAACCCUAAUGCUCAUGGUGGGUUGUUCUAUUUGUUCCGGCCUUUCUUUGGGUAGCUCCCCAACUUCUGUCAUGGCCACUUUAUGCUUUUUCCGAUUUUGGCUAGGGUUUGGUAUUGGUGGUGAUUACCCACUUUCGGCCACGAUCAUGGCGGAGUACUCCAACAAAAAGAGCCGAGGGGCGUUUAUAGCCGCUGUUUUUGCUAUGCAAGGGUUUGGGAUCUUGGCUGGUGGGGUGGUGGCUAUUGUGGUUUCUGCUAUCUUUAAUUCUUUAUACCAUGCUGAGCCCUACUCCGUGGAUCCACUUGGGUCGACUGUCCCCCAGGCAGACUAUGUGUGGAGGAUUAUUCUCAUGUUCGGAGCAGUCCCAGCGUUGUUGACUUUCUACUCCCGAAUGAAGAUGCCGGAGACCCCUCGUUACACUGCCCUGGUAGCCAAGGAUCAAAGCAAGGCGUGCCAAGACAUGACUAAAGUGUUGCACAUUGAAAUCAAAGAGCUGCAACAAGAAGAGCAUGCCCAUAUUAACAAGUCCUCAAGUUUUGGUCUAUUUUCCCGAGAGUUUCUUCAGCGGCACGGCAAACAUUUAUUGGGCACGGCCACCUGUUGGUUCUUGCUGGACAUUGCUUACUACAGCCAAAACCUUUUCCAGAAGGACAUCUUCAGCGCCGUGGGAUGGCUGCCGUCAGCAAGCUCUAUGAGUGCCCUAGAUGAGCUUUUCAAAAUCGCUAGGGCACAAACCCUAAUAGCCCUAUGCGGCACAGUUCCAGGAUACUGGGCCACGGUCUUCCUCAUUGAUUACAUUGGCCGGUUUGCAAUUCAGCUAAUUGGGUUCUUUUUCAUGACUGUUUUCAUGCUUGUCUUGGCAAUUCCAUAUGAGUACUGGUCUAGACCUCAACACAAUAUUGGAUUUAUUGUCAUAUAUGGCCUAACAUUUUUCUUUGCCAAUUUUGGACCCAAUGCUACAACGUUUGUUGUGCCGGUGGAGAUUUUCCCAGCUAGGCUUCGGUCCACUUGUCAUGGGAUUUCAGCGGCUUCUGGCAAGUUGGGAGCGAUUAUAGGGGCUUUUGGGUUUCUGUAUGCAGCUCAGAAUCAAGACCCGGCUAAGGCUGAUCCAGGGUACCCAGCUGGAAUUGGAAUGAAGAAUGCUCUCUUUGUGCUUGCAGGAAUCAAUGUUAUUGGGUUCUUCUUUACGUUUUUGGUGCCAGAGUCUAAGGGAAAAUCACUGGAGGAGAUGUCAAGAGAGAACGAAGAUGAAGCUGAAGUGCAGACCAGCAGAGUUUAGCUUUUUUUAAGGAAUUUGCGUGUGUAAGAAUUUGAGUUUAGUUUUUAGGUUUACUUUUUCUUAAUUUUGCUCUAGAUAGUUUCCUUUUGUUAGUUCUCAAUAAUUUGAUUGCUCAGUUGGUGUAGUACAUCUGGACGAUUAGAAUUAAUGAAUGAUCAGAGUCGUUUUUAU